AUGGUCGCCCAUACCACUUCUACUAUUCUUUGUGCUCCUGGAGCCCUGGAGCUGUCCUCUAAGAGCUCCAAAGUUGCUCCAACUGGAUUCAAAGCUCCAAAACCGGCUCCAAAUCGCUCCAAAACCUCCAGAAUCCCUCCAAAAACCGCCAUCAACUUCACCAACCACCAAAUCUCCACCACCAUCACCACCACCCAUUUCACCGUCUCCGAGAAGGCGGAGCUCCAGAUUUGGCUCCAAAUCCAACGGAGCUCAAAUCACUACCAGCCACCAACUGAUCAAGAGCAGGCGGAAAUCGAUCGGAGGACAAUUCACGUCGCCAAUUUGGACUACAGUACCACUUCCAGCCAACUUGAAGACUAUUUCAAGAUUGUGGAGAAAUAA